CACACACAUGAACUGGCCACAAGCAUGAGAGUCUGAAAUAGGAGCAGAGUCUCAGAGGGCUGCUCUUCCCCUCCCUUCUGGGGCGGGACAGAGGAAGGGAGGGCUCUCUUUUCCUGCCUGCCGUGGGCCCCACGCACUCAUUCAAGGCAGCAAAUAUGUACAGGCUGGAUGUAACGGAGACCUUUGCCGGCCUCAGCCUGCCAGGCCACCUCCACACGCAAGAGUCCCUGAACUUUGCCAGCACCUUCCAGUUCUGUGGCUCUGAUGUCCUCCUAGUUACCUACCCCAAAUCAGGCACCACCUGGAUGCAGGAAAUCCUGACCUUAAUCUACAGUGACGGAGACCCACGGCCUGCCAAGACAACCCCCAACUGGGCCCGGACCCCCUGGCUAGAGCACAUCCACUUCAAAGAGCUUCUCCAGGAGACUGAAGGACCUCGCCUCCUCACCACCCACAUGCCCCCGCAAGUGUUGGCAGCUUCCCUGAGGAAAGCGAAGCCCAAGGUGAUUCAUCUGGUCAGAAACCCGAAAGAUGUUGCCGUCUCUUUCUAUCACUUCUGCAGAAUGGCCAACUUCUUCCCUGACCCCGGCUCCUUCGAUGAGUUCCUCCUCGCCUUCUUGGAUGGCACAGUGCACUAUGGCUCCUGGUUUGAGCACACCAAAGGGUGGCUGAACUGCAAGGAGGAGCUGGAUGUUUUCUACAUCACCUAUGAGGAGCUGCACCAGGUAUUGUCGGAGACUGGAGGAACCACUUCUCCCCGCUGCAGACUGAGCUCUUCAAGAAGAAGUUCCAGCAGGAAAUGGGAGGCCGCUGCCUGGGUUUCAUGGACUGAUGGGAGCACGAUCCAGGAGCCAAGGGGGUGCAACCAGGUGGGGAUGCCCAGGAUGUUCAGAGGACCAAAUCUGGCACACCAAAGUGGGUGGAUGGGGAGUGGGGCCUGCUUACCGGAAAAGGGCACCCACUGAAUGGAGGCACUUUUCCCUUUCCUGAUGACAUAUGGACAGCUCAGAGUCACAUGCAUGAGCCAUCCAGAAACUGUCUACCUCAGGUGUGGGGAACCUUUAUUCCUCCAGCUGUUGCUGGCCUACAGCUCCCAAUACCUGGAGGGCCAAACGUCCCCCACCCAACUCUACCCUAGCCUGGAGCUCUCCAGAUGUUUGGGACAACAACUCCCAUAAGUCCCAACCAGCCUGACCACUGGAGUCACAGUCAAAAAUAUCUAGAGGGCACCAGGCUAAAGAGCUGCUUUACCUUCACUGGCAACAAAGAUAUUUUCCAGUCCUCCUGUGUGCCCUCUUUUAACCGGAGACUGCUGAGCCUGAAACUGGGAUCUUCUUCACACAAACCACAUGCUCUGCCAGUGAGAUGGUUGGGAAGGCUCUGUGGGAGUACAUUACCAGCUACCUCUACAGCAGAGGCAGGGAACCUGUACACCCUCCAGAUGUUGCUGGACUCCAACUCCCAGCAGCCAGUAUGGCCAUUGGUCAGGGAUGAUGGGAAAUGUAGCCCAACAACAUCUGGAAGGCCAUAGCAAGUUCCCCAAUUGCUGCUUUAGGGCUUCCCCUCCUUCCCUGGGGCUUGCAAAACAAUGACCUAGGUCCUUAUAAGUGGAACACCUUCCCCACAAAGAGCAGUGCAUCUUCUUCUUUUUUUGGAAGAGACAAUUAGGUUCCUGGUUUUGCAACAUAAUUCUGGAGAUGCUACAAGCAUGUCUGGUUUGUGGUAGAGUAAGUUCUAGUCUGCAGCCACAAGCCAUGGUGUCGUGCUGUGGAGUCCUGUGUUGACUGCAGAGCCAAGGGAUGCUUCCUUUUCUCACACUCUCUGCGCAUGCAGGGUGAGAUUGCAUGGUGGAACCUCUUUCUGAAGGACUGGUGCUGCUUACUGCAUCUGGGAAUUUACCUCUCCAGCCAACCCUGCAUCUUGGGUUCCUAGGGAACCAUCAGAAAGCACAUAAUUACACGAUCUUCCUUCCAUCCAAGCCACUUUAUCAGAAAUUGCCAUUCUUUGUCCACUCACAUUUCAGGGAGAAUCCAGACAUCAUAUUUGCCAAAUCAUUACAGCGCUAGGUUGUCCUCCUAUCUUUUUUCAGACCUGAGUUGUGGCAACUGCUUCUUCCCAACCCCCAAUAAAAGCAAUUGCAGUGCUAGCCUGUGUGGACAAACAAAACACUACUGAAGCAUCUAAGAGUUUUUGUGCCUUUAAUUAAGAACUUCCUACUUGCACCUUCUGCCCUUGCAUUGCUUCCUAGGCAACAACAUCAGGGAUUAGUGAUUAAUAGCCUCUUAAUUAGUCACAUACCUAUAGCCAAGUCGCAAUGAAAUGCUUGAUAACUAUCAUUUUGCAGGUAUCUUAAAAAUUACUGGAACUCCUGGAAAUAGCAAAGUGCAGCUCAUUGGUUAUUUAUAUUUAUCAUUUGCUUUUUUACACACAUAGCAACGUACAUAAAAACACAAUACAAAUCAAACAAUUAAAAUGCUAAAAACCUAGAAAUACAUUUUUAGAAAAAGAAAAGAAAGGCAAACAGCAACAGCCACUCCAUGAAACAGCAUCCACACCUGAAAAUCCAAAAUGACUAUUUUCUAGUCUGAAACGUCUGGACACCAGGUUGGGGAAGGUGACUAUCUUUCACACAUAUGGGUUUGACAUAGUUCUGUGGUGCCCCAGUACCCCAGUGGGAUCUCCAUGGACGUAGCAUGACUUGUAUUCUAGCACAAUGAAUUCUUUAUUCAUCUGUUAGAUUGCAAUUUCGUUUCGCGGUAUAUGUAUUACCUACCACCCAUUUUUAUAAUUAGCCUCCCUGGAAAUGUUGCCGAAGGACGGUAUAGAAAUCCAUUAAAUAAAGUGUACAUUGUCAAGGUAUUACAUAAGAAUGUGUGGAGCCUUGUUUACCUAUUUGGGCUCCACAUAACAAUUAAUUCAACUGGUUCAUUAAACAGAGGUUUCUACAGCACCUAGUAGAACUCUUAGCAAAGGGCAU